AUGUUUGACUUAAAGAGUGUGGUGCGUCCAAAUAUCCUCACAUUAGAACCAUACCGUUGUGCUAGAGACGAUUUCAAAACCGGUAUUUUAUUGGAUGCAAAUGAAAAUACCCAUGGCCCAGCACUUUCAGAAAUCACCACAACCGAAGAGACUCUAGAACUUAAUAGAUACCCUGAUCCACAUCAAUUGGAUUUAAAACAACAAAUUGUCGAUUUCAGAAAUGCAUCACCAAAUAAACAUAGUAAGUCACCAUUGGGCCCAGAUAAUCUUUGUCUUGGUGUGGGGUCUGAUGAAAGUAUUGAUAUGUUGUUGAGAUGUUGUUGUGCUCCAGGAAAGGAAAAAUUAUUGACUUGUCCACCCACUUAUGGAAUGUACUCUAUAUGUGCCACUGUUAAUGAUGUUGAAACAGUUAAAGCACCAUUAACUAUUCCUAAUUUUCAAAUUGAUAUCGAGGGAAUCCUUGAUCAGUUGAAUUCAGAUCCAAGUAUCAAACUCAUUUAUUUGACUUCACCAGGCAAUCCAACAGGAAAAUUGAUCAAUGUUGAUGAGAUCGUUAAAUUAUUGGAAAAAGUUGUUGAUACAUGGAAUGGGUUAGUUGUUGUUGAUGAAGCAUAUAUUGAUUUCACUGCACCUAAUGGUAGAUACAGCGAAUCUGUUUCUACUUUAGUUAACCAAUACCCUAAUUUGGUAGUGUUGCAAACAUUGAGUAAAUCAUUUGGAUUAGCAGGUAUUAGAUUGGGUAUUACGUUCUGUAAUUCUGACUUGUCAAAGAUUUUAAACUCGAUGAAAUAUCCAUACAAUAUAUCAUCACUUACAUCGGGUAUUGCAUUGAAAGCUACAUCAUCCGCAGGACUAACAAUUAUGCACAAGUACGUUGCUAGUAUUAUCAAGCAAAGAGAUGCAUUGUUGAAGAGUAUACUCAAUUUGAAAUAUGUUGGUAAGAAUAUUGGUGGUCUUGAUGCAAACUUUAUUCUAGUAGAGAUAUUAAACAAAAAUGGUGAGCCAUCUAAUGAAGUAGCUUCAAAAUUGUACAAUACGUUAGCUGUUGAUAAUGCAGUGGUUGUGAGAUUUCGUGGUAAUGAAUUAAAUUGUACGGGAGCUCUUCGAAUUUCAAUCGGAACAGAAGAGGAAAAUAAAGAGUUACUCUUGAAAUUUGAAAAAGUAUUGAAUGAAAUAAAUGCUUAA